GCUCGCGGCGCUCGGCGGCCCCGGGGUUCGUGCAUUUCGGGCGCGCAGGUGCGCGGGAGCUCGGCGACAGAAGCCGGGAGGAGCCCCGCGGUCCCCGCGCCGGCACAGCUGGGCGUCGGCGGUCAGCACCCGAGUGGAUCCCGCCCUGUCCACGCGGUCUCCAGACAUGGACGCCGCGCCGCUCCGGUCGCCGCUGUCGAUGCUGCUGCUGCCGCUGCUGCUGCUGCCAGUGGCCAGUGCCUCAGAAGCCGAACACCGCCUGUUCCAGUACCUGUUCGAAGAUUACAACGAGAUCAUCCGGCCUGUGGCCAACGUGUCCCAUCCGGUCACCAUCCAGUUCGAGGUGUCCAUGUCUCAGCUGGUGAAGGUGGAUGAGGUAAACCAGAUCAUGGAAACCAACCUGUGGCUGAAGCAGAUCUGGAAUGACUACAAGCUGAAAUGGAAACCCUCCGAUUACCAAGGGGUGGAGUUCAUGCGUGUCCCCGCAGAGAAGAUCUGGAAACCAGACAUCGUGCUUUAUAACAAUGCCGAUGGGGAUUUCCAGGUGGAUGGCAAGACCAAAGCUCUCCUCAAGUACACAGGAGAAGUGACUUGGAUCCCCCCGGCCAUCUUUAAGAGCUCAUGCAAAAUUGAUGUGACCUACUUCCCAUUCGACUACCAAAAUUGCACCAUGAAGUUCGGCUCCUGGUCCUACGACAAGGCAAAGGUCGACCUGGUCCUCAUCGGCUCCUCCAUGAACCUCAAGGACUACUGGGAAAGCGGCGAGUGGGCCAUCAUCAAAGCCCCGGGCUACAAACACGAGAUCAAGUACAACUGCUGCGAGGAGAUCUACCAAGACAUCACGUACUCGCUGUACAUCCGCCGGCUGCCGCUGUUCUACACCAUCAACCUCAUCAUCCCCUGCUUGCUCAUCUCCUUCCUCACGGUGCUCGUCUUCUACCUGCCCUCGGACUGUGGAGAGAAGGUGACGCUCUGCAUCUCCGUGCUCCUCUCUCUGACCGUCUUUCUCCUAGUGAUCACCGAGACCAUCCCUUCCACCUCGCUGGUCAUCCCCCUGAUCGGGGAGUACCUCCUCUUCACCAUGAUCUUCGUCACCCUGUCCAUCGUCAUCACGGUCUUCGUGCUCAAUGUGCACUACAGAACUCCAACCACACACACGAUGCCCGCGUGGGUCAAGGCUGUGUUCCUGAACCUGCUCCCCAGGGUCAUGUUUAUGACGAGGCCGACCAGCAGCGAGGGAGAUGCUCAGAAGCCGAGGACCUUCUACAGUGCUGAGCUCUCAAACCUGAACUGCUUCAACCGCGCAGACUCCAAAAGCUGCAAGGAAGGCUACCCGUGCCAAGAUGGGUCGUGCGGCUCCUGCCACCACCGCAGGGUAAAAAUCUCGAACUUCAGCGCUAAUCUCACGAGAAGCUCAAGUUCCGAGUCUGUCGAUGCCGUGUUGUCCCUCUCCGCCCUCUCCCCGGAAAUCAAAGAAGCCAUCCAAAGUGUGAAGUAUAUUGCUGAAAACAUGAAAGCACAGAAUGUAGCCAAAGAGAUUCAAGAUGAUUGGAAGUAUGUUGCCAUGGUGAUUGACCGAAUCUUCCUCUGGGUUUUCAUCCUGGUGUGCAUUUUAGGGACGGCGGGAUUAUUUCUACAGCCCUUGAUGGCCAGAGAUGACACAUAAAUUGUGAACUCUGUCCAGCGAGGUUCCCCCGUACUGACUCGGGGGCACCUUCUCAAUAGCACGACAGUAUCCAGUCACCAGCUUUAAGUUUGCUAGUUAAAGGGUUAGUUAUUUUCAACUCAUCUUGAUUUUUGGCAAAAAAAAAAAAAAAAAAAAAGUAGAAGAAAAAUGUCCAGUUAUUUACUAUGGAUAAAUGAACAUUUAACUAGCCUUGCUGAUAGAACAUGUCAAAGGCUCCUUUUCUUGUGGUUGAAACUUAACUAGAUAGAAAAACUUCCUAUUCACAAAUACUAAAUCCAUUAGCUCAGUAUCUCUAUAGAUUUCCUCAUUCCUUUAGUCCGUUAAUCUCCUGGAAUUACAGACUAUUUCAGCAGGUGCCCCACAGUUCUUGUUUCUUCCUGUCUUUCCCAAGUCCAAGGGCUGGUGGUCCAUUUCAGUGUUUGUGUUGCUGCUAAAUCGCACAUGAUCAGACCCUGAGUAAUUACACCCGCUCUCACACUCACUGUUAAUAAACUACCCUAGUCUGUUUACGUUGCUAAUUUAGGAAAACAUCCUGUAGAGCCCUGCAUGGCUUUAAUCCCAGCACUCAGGAGGCAGAGACAGAGACCGGUGGGAUCUCUGAGAAUUUGAGGCCAGCCUGGUCUAGAUAGUGAGUUCCCCACCAGCCAGAACUGCAUAGUGAAAUGCUAUCUCAAAACAACAAAAAUCCCACAAACAGGACAACUUAGACACAAAGUUAUUCUUAUAGUUUAGGAGCCUGAGAAGCCUAAGGUCAAGGCACCAGCAAGACUGUCUAGGGAGGAGUCUUCCUUAUGAAACAGACCUUCCAGUGUGUCUUCCCGUGGCUGGAAGGGCUAGUCUUUUUGGAGUCGUUUACAAGAGUACUAAUUCCAUUCAUGAGGGCAUGACCCCAGGACCUAAGAACCUCCCAAACAGUAUUGUACAUGGGAGCUGUAGGGAGCCAUCCAGACCACAGGAGGGGCCGUCAGAGCAGGCACAAGGCUUUGCGCUCCAGAGUUCUGCUGGGGGUGUGAGAUGUGGACUUCGGCAGCCCUGUGGCUUCUGCCCACUGGAUGCUAACAGCAAGCCUCCCACCUCAGCUGUGGGGAUGCCCGGAAUGUAGGACGUCAUCGGAAUUGGUUCUGCUUAAGGAGCUGAUUUGAACAAACCGAGUUUCCUGUAUUCCACUUCUGGACCUGACCCACAACUGAUAGAGAUAAUUCACAGAGACCAUUUGAGUAUUCUCACUAGUUGUGUUUUUUUCUCUAUGCAAAAUAAAACCUGACAGUUGCAA